AUGGCGCACGACGAUGAAGAGGCCGACGGCCAAUUGGUGACGUCGGUCAGCUGCCGGUUGUGCUGUACACCUUCGGUGGCCGUCGGUCAACGGCAUUCAAUCAUCGCCGCCGCCGCCACGAACGACGGCGGCGACGGGACACGCCCCGGCGGCCGAGGAUUACGCGACACCAUAGUCAAGCACCUGCGGAUACAGGUUUCCGAAGAUGAUGGUCUAUCAAAAAUUGUUUGCACUAAAUGCUUGACAUUGUUGAAUGAAUGGGAUCAAUUUUAUGAGAUGUGCUCAAAAAAUAACAACAUACACCUAAAGCCAAUGUCUGACGUAGAUGAUAAAAAUGAUGAUGGCGAUGAAUCUGCAAAUAAUUUAGUAAUAGAUAUUACGGAUGAAGACGAAGAACAAAAUCAUAGAUAUACAAAUACAGAUAAAAGUAAGAUAAAAAUCCCAAAAAAAUCAGUCCUCGGGGAACCUUCACCAGAAGAUUAUGUAUUAAUGAAAGAAGAAACUUUCAAUUUAGAACCAAAAAAUGGACCAACAGGUGUUUUGGGUGAUUAUUUAAUAGAAUAUAACAAUUGCAAAAAGUUACCAAAUGAUAUGAAUAGUGCAGACAAAGACAUAGUUGAUAAUUUACGCAUAAGAAGAGAAGUGUUACCUUCUAUGUGGGAUGUAUUUGAAAAGACUGUUGAAAAGCUAAAAUCUGGAGAGACAUCAUGUGCUACGGUAGUUACUCAUAGACGUUAUAUAACUAACAAAGGUGCAUUCCCUUGUUCAUUGUGUGGAGAAUGUUAUGAGUUUGAUCAAGGUAUUUGUCGUGAUGAAGAAGAACCACAACCACCAGUUGAAGUUGACAUUCAACAACGUUUAUUCAUUUGUCCUACAUGUGGAAAGUCUUUCCCUCGUCGAAGUUCGUGGAAACGUCACCAAAUGACUCAUGAAGAUGUAAAACCUUAUGUCUGUCGUAUUUGCACCAGUGGUUUCAACCGUAAAGAACAUUUGAUGCGUCAUAUGUUAUCACACAGUACUGUAAGACCAUUCCCAUGUGAACGUUGUGGCAAACGUUUUAUACGCAAAGAGCAUUUGGCUAGACAUCUUUUGUGUAUACCAAGUUGUUCUAAUUCAUCUGAUAUGCCAAGACCAUUCUGUUGUGAUAUUUGUAAACAAAGAUUUGUGCGUAAGGAACAUUUGUUUAGACAUAGAAAAAGAGCCCAUGAACAUGCAUUGAUAGUAGACAAUCAAUUAGAAGAGAAACCAUUUGUGUGUUGGCAAUGUGGCAAAUGUUUUACUCGCUAUGAACACCUACGUAAACAUUUGGAUAUUCACAAUGGUAUUAUUCCUUCUUCUUCCACAGCAAUACUUCCUGAAGUGACUUUAUCAGAAAUAAAAGCUGAAGACAUGACAACAGAUGUUAAGGCAGAAAAUUUAUCCGAAUCUGAAGGUGAAUCCGAAGUACUACCCCCAGUGAGUGUAUUAGAACUCAAUGAACAACAAUCUGAACAAGGAAGACCUAAACCUAGUACACUUUGCACUAUUUGCAAAAAAACAUUUUCUCGCCGUAGUCAUUUAUUGCGGCAUUUGAAACGUAUACACAAAGUAGAACCUGUGUUGACUAGGAGGCGAGUAAACAAAUCUGGUGAUGAAAAUGGUAACUCUAUAGAAGAUACGAAAUGGGAAUGUCAUACAUGUGGAAAGACAUUUUCCAGGCAAGCUCAUCUUGAGAGACAUGAAAAAAAUUUGCAUAGUGAAGAUCGAAUGGUACCGGCUCCUUACGAAUGCGUCUCUUGUGGGCAAGCAUUUUUUGAUAGUAAUUUACUCAAUCAGCAUAUGGCUACUCAUGGAAAUACCGUGACUGAUAAUUUUGUUUGGAUGUGAGAAGGUUUAAUUAUUGGUUUUUUUUUUUUUAUUAUUAUUAUUAUUUGAAUUAGGGUGUAUAUAGCUUAAUCACAUGUCAAUUAAUGGCUCGGAGGUGUUUUAAAUUAUGUUAAAAUAAUGAUAAUGUUAUAGUUAUAUGAUAAAACUUUAGAUUGUUAUUAUAAAAACAGA